AAGUAGCAGACAGAGAGAUUGUAAUCAUUUUUAUAUUGUCUGAAAAAAAAAUCAAUUUUUGUGGCAGAAGAAGAUAAAACCAAAGCUACCCAUUAAAGAAAAUGAUGAAAAGUGAGGGAAAGUGAAAGAAAACGAGGUAAAUAUAGGGAUUUUCGUGUGUUAUUCUUAUGCUUUUUGUAGCUUCGAAAAGUGAGUUUUUCAGGUUCAUUAAUGGCUGUUUUUUCCAAACCCUUCCGAGAAAGUCUAACCAGAGCUCAUUUAUUGAAAGCAUUUCUCUAAAAGGCCAUAAUAUCCUCUGAAGGCCUUUUGCUAGUAUUAGCUCCAACUACAGUUAAUAGUUAUCAUCUUUAAUAUUCGGAAGUUACCGUAAACCUCUUCCACUAUGAACCGUUUGCAUACGAGUUUCUUCUAGUCUUCAACAUUGGGGUAAUUCCUAUUUGAGUCAAGCUAAAUGGAGAGAAACCCAAACCACAUAGACAUGGAACAAUCAAGAAUACCUCAACCUUAUCAAUACACUUCCAUGCAACCUGGAAAUGGAGAAUUCCAGGUCCAGCCUGCAUCUCAGGCAUAUAUGCUGGACCCUACUGGCAGCAUAAAUGCUAAUAUGAUACCUCCUGACCCAUAUAUGUCAGAGGUUAAACCUGUACGUAACUUCUCCAUACAGACUGGUGAGGAAUUCGCCCUUGAAUUUAUGCGUGAUCGGGUGAAUCCCCGGAAGCCUUUGAUUCCAAAUAUUGCAGGUGAUCCCAAUUAUGCUACUGGCUAUAUGGAACUAAAAGGCAUUUUAGGUAUUAGUCAUACAGGAUCCGAAAGUGGGUCAGAUGUUUCAAUGCUCACCAUGGUAGAGAGAGGUCAGAAAGAGUUUGAGAGAAGAAAUUCUUCUUUACACGAAGAAAGAAGCAACUAUGGGUCAGUUCGGUCUAUACCACCUUCAGGUUAUGAUAGUAAUCGGAGCCUACCACGUGGAUAUGCGUCAUCGGAAGCCUCUGAUAGCUCAUCAAUUAAAAUGAAAGUUCUCUGCAGCUUUGGUGGCAAAGUCCUACCCCGGCCAAGUGAUGGAAAGCUUAGGUAUGUUGGAGGUGAAACACGCAUUAUACGUAUAAGGAAGGACAUUUCUUGGCAGAGGCUUAAGCAAAAAACAUUAGAAGUUUAUAGCCAAGUUCAUGUGAUUAAGUAUCAACUCCCUGGGGAGGAUCUCGAUGCAUUGGUUUCUGUGUCCUGUGAUGAGGAUCUGCAGAACAUGAUGGAGGAGUGUGAUGAGCUUGGAGAUAGAGAAGUAUCACAAAAGCUUAGGAUUUUUCUGUUCUCCAUGAGUGAUUUGGCUGAUACUCAGUUUAGUCUCGGCAGCAGUGAUGGGGACUCUGAGAUUCAGUAUGUGGUUGCUGUAAAUGGCAUGGAGUUGGGGUCCCAAAAAAGCUUGAACCUGCAUGGUUUGAGGAGCACAUCAGCAAAUGAUUUGAAUGAGUUAGAAGGGCAGAACAAUGAAAGGAGGACGAGUAGAGCUGUAACAGACACAGUUGGGGUUAGCACUUCAACAUUGACUGGCAACGUUGUACCAUCAUCGAGUACUCGUACAUCUAAAACUAUUCUACCAAGUUCCUCCAAUUCCUAUGAAACCAAUCCGCAGUUUUAUCAUGAGCAGAUGAUGCAUCUUAGAGAAACUAAAGAAUAUCCGCUGCACUAUGGCCAUGAUCCUUCUGGAUACACUCCUGUUGAGAAAAUACCAACUUCAAUCCCUCUUCAUGGGUUUAUAAAUCAACAUGGAGAUGUGAGUGAAGGGCAACCAUAUAGUGUUUUACAAGCACAAUAUCCAUAUAUGAUGGCAAGGCUGGGUAAACCAAUAUCUGAUGGUUCAGUUCAGCUAGAAGAUGAUAAGGUGAUGAAGCAUUUUCCUGUUGAAGAAGCAGCAGUUCGAAUUGUUGCACCUGAAGGAUCUCUACCUUUAGAACAUGAGGGAAGACACCAAGAACCUGAAAAGGUGUUUCCACCUGUUGAUGCUGUAAAUGCACUACAGGUUCCAAAGUGCAGUAAUGAUGACUUAUGUUCCAUGUCGAGCAGCACACAUGGUGCUGCUCAUGGUAUUUCAGAGUCUGAUCAAAUUGAUAUGAGCCAUCUUGUGCCACCUGCACCUUCUCAGAGGAUCUAUUAUUCAGAGAUGAUACCUCGGGAGCAGGCAGGGUUGCUUGAUCGGUUGUCGAAGUCUGAUGACUCCCUUGGUUCUCAGUUUCUCAUUUCUCAUUCACGUUCUGACAUUGUCCAGCAGGAUCCAGUGUCAGAAUCUGAUGAAAAUUUGCAUAAUGAUCCUCAAACCAUUGAAGAUGGACUUGCCCAACUUCAGAAGUACAAAGAGUUUGCUGAUGCUAUAUCUCAGAUGAAUUCAGAGCUUUCUGAAGAAAUGUUAGACCAUCACGAGUUGAAGCAGGUAAUUCCAAACCUGAUGGACAACAAAGGUGCUCAAAACAAGGACAGGGUUCAUAAGCAACUAUUGGUAGAUGAAAAAGGAGAAGCUGAAUCAGAACUUCCUGCAGUGAGCCAAGCAGCUUCCAUUAUGCACCAUGAAGGAUUUGCAUCUAAUCCAUCAGAGUUUAACGGUGGUGAGAAAAUUGGCCAGGCAUCCUCUGCUAGUACCAUUCAGGGGCAUUCACAGCCUUUUCCUCAGUCAGAGAGCUCAACUAAAGAUUUUUCUCAAGGAAUUUCCUCUGUUGGUGUUUCAGCACCAGAGCGGGUAGAUAUUCGUGUUGAUGUUGAUGAUAGGUUCCCUCGCGAUUUCCUCUCAGAUAUGUACUCCAAAGCCAAACUCUCUGAGUAUCCCUCUGGUAUUACUCCGCUGCACAAAGAUGGAGCUGGCAUUAGUGUGAACAUGAAAAAUCACGAACCAAAGCGCUGGUCGUAUUUUCGUAAUUUGGCUCAAGCAGAGUUUGGUCAAAAAGAUGAUUCUUCCAUGGACCAAGAUCAUCUCAGUUUCUCGCCUGCACUUAGAGAUGCUGAAGAAGGAGAUCGUGUAUUGUAUCAGUUUACACCUUUAACAACAGAAGGAGUUCCAAUGGGCCAUGUGGAUUCCCAACCCAAUUUUGGUGAAGAUAACCAGAAAGGUUUACCUAGAACAUUUGGAGCGGAUCCUAGUGUUAGUGAAAGCAUGCAGUUUGACGCUAUGAUGGAGAACCUAAAAGCACCAGAGUCAGAGUAUGAGGAAGCAAAUGUAGGAAACAAGAAUAUUGGUCUACCUCCUCUUGAUCCUUCUUUGGGAGACUUUGAUAUUAGUACCUUGCAGGUAAUAAAAAAUGAAGAUCUUGAAGAGCAGAAAGAACUGGGUUCUGGUACUUUUGGGACUGUGUAUCACGGAAAAUGGAGGGGAACAGAUGUUGCCAUUAAGAGAAUUAAAAAGAGCUGCUUCACAGGAAGAUCAUCAGAGCAAGAGAGAUUGACUGUGGAGUUCUGGCGUGAAGCUGACAUUCUUUCAAAGCUUCACCAUCCAAAUGUGGUGGCAUUUUAUGGUGUAGUGCAAGAUGGACCUGGUGGGACAUUAGCUACUGUGGCCGAAUACAUGGUUGAUGGUUCUCUUAGGCAUGUUUUGGUUCGCAAGGAUAGGUUUCUUGACCGACGCAAGAGAUUAAUAAUUGCUAUGGAUGCAGCAUUUGGAAUGGAAUAUCUGCACUCAAAGAACAUUGUACAUUUUGAUUUGAAAUGUGACAAUUUGCUUGUGAACUUAAAAGAUCCUUCACGACCAAUUUGCAAGGUUGGUGAUUUUGGACUAUCUAAAAUCAAGCGGAAUACCUUGGUUUCUGGUGGUGUACGUGGAACCCUACCAUGGAUGGCCCCUGAGCUGCUAAGUGGCAGCAGCAGCAAGGUCUCAGAAAAGGUUGAUGUGUUCUCCUUUGGUAUUGUCUUAUGGGAGAUUCUCACUGGGGAGGAGCCAUAUGCCAAUAUGCACUAUGGUGCAAUCAUAGGAGGAAUUGUAAAUAACACGUUGAGACCAACCAUUCCAAGCUAUUGCGAUGCUGAAUGGAAAGAAUUGAUGGAGCAGUGUUGGGCUCCAAAUCCCUCUGCCAGGCCAUCCUUCACAGAAAUUGCCAGUCGCUUACGUGUGAUGUAUAAUGCGGCUAACCAAGCCAAACAUGCUCACAAGGCAUCCAAGUAAUGGUUUAACGGUUCCUCUGUACCUCCAAAUGUUUUAUUGAUAAUUCAUUCAAUUUGUACACGCCAGAGAUAGAUACUAAUAGAAAGGGGAAAUAGCCUUCCAUAAUUGUUUUUUUUUUUUUGAAAUGGAAGAGCUUCUCCUAAAUAAAACUCCAAUGUAUCUCAAUUUUCUCGCAAACCUAAUAACAUUGUCGUUGACUGUUACAUAACUUAUUCAGAUUUACUUCACAUAAAGAGCUGCAGUUUUCUCAUUUGAUUU